AUGUCGCGAUCCUUCACCAUCCGCGUCCCCGCGACGUCCGCCAACAUCGGGCCCGGCUUCGACGUCGUCGGCCUCUCGCUCUCGCUCUACCUCACCCUCUCCGUGACAAUCACCGCCCCCUCCUCGCCCUCCGCACACACGCCGCCAUCCAUCCGGUACACCGGCGAGGGCGCAGACGAAGUCCCCCUCGACGCGUACAAAAACCUCACCACGCGCGUCGCGCUCUACGUCCUGCGCUGCCACGGCAUCUCCUCCUUCCCCUCCGCCCUCUCCAUCCACGCACACAACGAGAUCCCGUUCGGCCGCGGGCUCGGCUCGUCCGGCGCCGCCGUCGUCGCGGGCGUCCUGCUCGGCUCUGCCCUCGGCGGCCUGCGCCUGCCCCGCGCGCGCGUCCUCGACUUCGCGCUCAUGGUCGAGCGCCACCCCGACAACGUCACCGCCGCGCUCGUCGGCGGGUUCGUCGGGAGCUACCUGCGCGAGCUGGACGCCGCCGCGACGGAGGCCGCGAGCGUGCCCCUGAGCGAGGUCCUCCCGGAGUACCCGCCCGACGCGGGCGAGCACUGGGGCAGGGACCCGCCGCAGCCCCCGCUGGGGAUUGGCCACUUUGUGUGCUUUGGGUGGUCGCAGAGCAUCAAGGCGGUCGCGAUCAUCCCCAGGUUUGAGCUGAGCACGGCGAGGGCGCGGGAGGUGCUGCCGACGAGUUACUCCAGGAAGGAUGUGGUGUUUAACCUCCAAAGACUAGCCGUACUGACCACCGCGCUCGCACAAUCACCACCCGACCCGGAGCUCAUAUACGAGGCCAUGAAGGACAGGAUACACCAGCCCUACCGCAAAGAGCUCAUCCCCGGUCUCCCCGAAGUCACCUCGCGAAUGACGCCAUCAAGCCAUCCCGGGUUGCUGGGUAUCUGCCUGUCGGGCGCAGGGCCCACUAUCCUCGCUCUCGCGACGAGCGGCUUCGAGUCUAUCGCGGAGGAUGCACGCGCGAUCUUCAGGGAGAAAGGUGUAGAGGUGGACUGGAAGCUGUUGUCGGUAGUAGGUGGUAGUGUAGUUGAGGGGGACGAUGCAUAG